AUCUGUGAUGUCAUUUGACCUGGAUUCAUGGGCAUCUAAACCAAAAAAGAAGGAAAUGUUUUUGGAAGAUGAUGACCCUCCACCUUGGUUCUUUUGCCUAAAAGAAAAGUGUAAGAAGUCAUUAUUUAUUUUCAAUGGCUACAACCAAGUAUUAAAAAACAAAUGGGAAGAGUCUGCGCUUAAUAACAAAGAGGGAAGCAGCAACCCUAAAAAGGGAAUCCCUCAAAACCUUUGUGAGAUAGAAAGAGAACAAAGGAAUUAAGGGCUGCGCUGUUAGGUCAAAGAACAGUGAGAUAGAAACCAACAGGUGGUAAAAUCUAGGUAUAAUAAUCACAAUUGCAGUAUGUAUAAGAGUAGUAAAAAAUAGAGUCCGUCCAAUUAUUCAAUCAAGUAAUGAAAAAUUAUAAUAAAAAAUGAUAAAAAAUAUUCUAUAAAAUAAGAACAGUCUCACUAGUAUAUGGAUAGGGUAUGAGUACAAUCCUCAGGAGUUGAUCCGUCCGGGUUGUAGAUAAUCUGUAUAUGUGGAGAUAAAAGAAAACACAGAAAAACUGCCAAUGGUGAAAUUUUGUAGGUCCAAGGGUAAAAAAUAAGUUAAUUUUGUCUAUUGUCUAUUCCUGGCAUAUCUGUAUCAUUACUUUGUGAAAACAUUAGCAGCAUUCUUUACUAAACUGGCUAUUGUGGAGAAUUGAUCAGGGAACUCCUUUUUUAAUUUUUUUAGAAAAACAUAGCCGAGAUUGAAACAUAGCUGUGUUGAGGAUUUUUUAAAAAUGUUAUCAUACAUUUAUUUUGGUUUAAAAUGUGCAUAUUAAUGGUGAUUUCUCAAUAAUUCACAGUCUAGCGAAUAAAGCAGUAUACAUACAUUUCAGAAUAUCCUCAAUGUAUGAAUCAAAACUUCCUCUAGCCAUUGGUGAGUGAUAAUUUAGCUCUGGUGAGCUUGCAGUGGCAGAAAGUUUAAAAGGCAUGGCUAUUAGACUAAGACUUGAAAUUUUAAGCCAUAUACACAUGUUGUUGUAUAAUAUCCCAUGGUUUUCAUAUUUUGAGGAACACUCAAAGAACCAUAACUACUACAUUUUGUUUCAGUUAUUGUGGUGCAGAAGUGUUCUGGCACCCUCCCCCUUCCCCAUUGUCACUAGCUUAACCACAUUUAACUUCUUAUCUGGGUUCUGACUUCUUCUCUGGUUACUUCCAUUAGUUCUUUUGAGCUACACCCAUUGGUUAAGAUCAGCUCACUGUAGUGGUUGUGGUGCUUGGAAUGUGCCUUUGAAAUUUACACAUAUAGGUUCAUACACUCAUCAAUUUAUAUAUUAUUAUUUUCUCUUUCUAGAUCUCAAGACUGUGAAAAAACCAUCAACGUAAGUAAUUAAAUAUUUUUUAUUUAUUACAAUUGUAAUUCUUACUAUCUAUUCUUACCCUGCUAUUUUUAUUAAUUUUACCUGAUAACAUUACAGUUCUAUAUUGUCGCAUCCCAUGACAUUGUAUGAUAUUAAAAGGAGAUAAAGGGAGAUAAACACACAAGUGCUAUAAUAAGUAUUUAUAAUUAGUAUUGGCACAAAUUGAGCAAAUUCAAAUGUGAGAGACCUUUCAGUUGCUUUACAAUUAUUUAAAUAUGCCAUUUGAAACCAACAGUCUCUUGUACUACUGGGGGAUACCCUUAAAAUGGCAUAGAGUACACAAUGCCAACAGUUCCUGGCAGUCAGCAGAGCAGGGAAGAUAAAAUGUGCAGGUUUUUUCUCUAAAUCUUGAAAUGUCAGGAACGGACUAGAGAGUGUCACAGGUUACUUUUAUUAUAGCCAGGUUGAAUAUUUUAUUACCGUAGAUACAUAAUUUUGGUCAAUUUCUGACAAGUUCUAGUUCAGAGCAUUACCCUGUGUGUUUGAUGCAGAAUGCCCAACAUUCACUCAGGAAGAGCAGAUUAAAACAAAAACUGUUUAAAGAAUUUAAUAUGAUCAGCUGAAAAUGCUAUAUGAUGAUAUAUAGAACAUGUUUUGUACCAGAGCACUCAUAAUGGUAAAAGGAUUUGUAACAUGAAAGCAUUACCUUCCAUUUUGUGUACUUUUAUUAUAGUUUAAAUGAUAGAAGAGCCGUGUUUGAUGAACAAAAAUCUCAUUUUGCAAAGCUGCAAAGGCGAUUGGCAAAGAGAACGCAAAUGAAAAUCCUCGACAAAAAGUCGUAUGUAUUUUCAGCAGUAUCAUUUUCAUUAAGGCAAUGCAUAAUAAUAAAAACAUUUAAACAACAACAUGAGGGUAACCCGUGGCAACGCUCAGAAGGCCGCAGGUCUCGCGAGAGUUAUUGGAGGCAAUGAACUGCGUGUGAAGAAGCUGUGUGUUGAGCCCCCCUCUGCGCUAUCUAUGUGUGCAGAGAGGGAAAGUGGGGCCCGGGACUGCCAGAGCAGUCCGGGUGCCCCAGGACUGCCGGGCCCAUGACAACCAUCAUGGUUGUCACCCCCUGAUGGCGACCCUGCACGCAGUCACUGGGUGACCGUCAGGAGGGAAGCGUCCAGCACAGCUCUCCCCGCCUACCAGUCAUUGCAUAUUGGGCCGCUGGGCAGACUGCGUUCUGACAGGAAAUGCUCCCAGUGAACACUUCUUGGCAGAAGUGGGAGAUCCUGUACCAGCAGUCCGCUCAUUCACAGAGGUCAGCAGGCACAGGAGGGGAGGAGGAUGGGGUGGAAGAUGAAACACAUGAGGGGGAUGAGACACAUAGAUGUAUUGGGAGAGCGAAUGAGAGACAUGGAGGGGCUAGGGAGGAGAAUGAGACACAUGGAGGGGUUGUGGGGAGGAAUGAGGCACGUUGAGGGGUUUUGGGGAGGAAUGAGGCCCAUGGAGGUGAAUGAGGCACAUGAAGGGGGUGUGGGGGGAAUAUAAGGUACAUGAAGGAGUUUGGAGAAUAAGACACAUGGAGGGUUUGGGGGGGCAGCGAUGAGACACUUGGAGAAGCUGGGGGGGGAUAAGACACAUGGUUGGGGGUGGGGGAGGCAGAAUGAGAUACAUGGGGUGGCCCCAUGGCAAUUUUCACACCGGAGCCCGGUGGUUUCUAGUCAUGCCUCUGUGACAAUAGAUGUAGCAAACACAAUUGCAAAACAAAAUUUAGUUAUGGCUUUAAGGAAUGCUAUUUAAGACUAUAUUAUAUGUGAUAGGAUGGGCUGGAAGAUGAGACACGUGAGAAGAAGAGACACAUAGAUGUGUUGGGAGGGUGAAUGAGACACAUGGAGGAGCUAGGGAGAAGAAUGAGACACAUGGAGAGGCUGGGGAAGAGAAUGAGAUAGAUGGAGGAGUUUGGGGAGGAGAAUGAGACACAUGGAGGGGGUUGGGGAGGAGAAUGAGACACAUUGAGGGGCUGGGGGAGAAUAGGACACAUGGAUGGACUGGCUAGGGGGGAGCAUGAGUCACAUGGAUUUAACUGGCUGGGGGGAAUGAGACACAUGGAUGGACUGGCUGAGAGGAAUGAGAUAUAUGGAGAGGCUGGGGAGAGAAUGAGACACAUGAAGGAGGUGGGAAAUAGGGAUGAGACACAUGGAGGGCUGGGGGGAAUGAGACACAUGGAGGUGGUAGGAAAGGGGGAUGAAACACAUGGAGGGGCUGUCGGGGAAUGAGGCACAUGGAGGGGCUGUGGGGGUAAAUGAUGCACAUGAAGGGGCUGUGGGGGGGAAUGAGGUACAUGUAGGGGCUGUGGGGAGGAAUGAGACACAUGGAGGAGCUUGGAGGAUGAGACACAUGGAGAGGUAGAAUGAGAUACAUGGGAUGGUCCCGUGUCAAUUUUCACACCAGAGCCCGGUGGUUUCUAGUCAUGCCUAGUGACAAUAGAUGUAGCAAACACAAUUGCAAAAAAAUUUUUUUACUAUAUCUUUAAGGAAUGCUAUUUAAGACUGUGUGAUAUAGUAUUAGAAUAUACAUAUCAAAUAUAGCUAAAAAGAUAUUUGGUGUGAAUAAGUAGGUAGAGGUAAUAAUUGGCAACAAGACAGAGUAUCAGAAUAAUCUGACACAUGAGCCAAGAUGUUCUGGUGACACUAGCUAUUUUUGGGAAAUAGAGCUGAGACUCCGCUCUAAUAUAUGUGCACACAGCCAUGAUUAGCCGGCUUAAAGCUCCUUUAUCGCGAUCCACUCUGGUGUUCUGUUUCCUACAGCCGCUUUCACUGCCAACUCUGUAUGAGCCGUGAAAAGUAAAGUACCAGCAGAAGAGUGAAUUGACCGUAGAUGGAUUUAUUAAGCAAUAGAAACAUAAACAAAUGGGCCAGGGGCAAGGAUGGAAUUGUGCUACCGUUAUAAAUCUAAAAUUCAUACAAAGUUCUUGUGGCUAAUUUGCAUAGGCCUCGCCUCCUCCUUCCUUCAUAGACACUGUGCAAUCAAGUGCUUAAUUUAGUCGACGCAUCAUACCGAGUUAACAUCGGCAGUAGAACUCAGAACUCCAGGGUGAUUCGUGAUAAGUGAGUUUUAAGCCAGCUGAUCUUGGCUGUGAAUUUAUGCCGAGUCUGUGCUCUAUUUCCCAUAAAUGGCUAGUGUCACCAGAACAUCUUGAAUCAUGGGUCAUAUUAUUCCAAUUCUUAAAAUAUGACUGCACAAACAAAAUACAGAAAAUAUGCCCAGGACCUUUGAGCUCCACACAUAUAUUAGGUGCAGUGGGUGGUGUCCUAGGAAAACAAAUUAAGAGUAUUCAGAGAUGGCACAAUCAUGGUCCUUCUUCUACCUAAACCAACUGCAGAGCAAUAAAAUAUGUAAUAUACAUGUAGACGGCCAAUGCAAUGCCAUUGGACCAUCCCUUAUCCCUUUAAUCUUGAGUAUUUAAUUUUAGCUAGAGGGGGCAGAAGAUCCCCACAUUAUUUGACCCAUUAUGGUAGAGAAUUAAAUGUUGAAACUGCAGGGCAUGAUCUAUACACCAAAACCACUUAUGUUAAAGUUAUGUUGGUGUUUCUAGUCUACCUUUAAAUGAAUGAUGUAGCAAAAAAAUAUUUUUGUUCUUUUCACUAAAAAUUUCAAAAAAUAAUUCUUUAGCACUCAGUCAACUAGAAAGGAACAGUUCCGUGAGGUUUUGAAUGAAAGAACUGGCGACAGAUUACAGUCAAUACUGACAGAAAUGCGAAAAAUAGGCAAAUCACUGGAGGCUCCAGAGUAUCCAACUGAGUGGUAAAUAUACAUAGGAUGCUAAUGCUUGCACUUAAGGAUGAGUAGUUGUUUUCUGGCCUUGGUUUUGAUUAACGUUUAGAUUUGGUUAAAUGAAAGUGGAAUUGGCUGAUGUCACUAAUCCUCCCUAUUAUGCACAUGCAAGGUGUGGGGCUUGGGAGAGAGAAACACUGUGUUUAGAUUUCUGCAACUCUUUUCCCAGUUUGUCAGUAAAGAGUGAGAUAUAUAAUUAUUGAUGGCAGAUGAGAAUAGCAGUUGCAAUCUAGAAGCGUGACACCCAAGGCUACCUUCAAAAAUUUAGGGCCCCUUACGAACCUAGUGGCUGGGCCUUAUUUGACUCUCUCUCUCUCUCUCUCUCUCUCUCUACAGUGUACAUAUUACUGACAGUAUACAGUAGAUACUAAAUGUAAAUACAGAUUAUUAUAUUUUAUUUAAAAAAAUGUUUUUACAUUUUAUAUAAAUGGUGGUUAUUUUUUUUUUUAUUAUAAUUUAUUUGGCAUCUUUAAAGCAAAUCACAAAAAAUAUAAUAAGUACAAAAUUGCCAUUUCAAGCUUUUGAAACCUAAAUACCAAAGCAUUAAAAUAUUAUAUUUGACAUUUUUACAUAACAUAUGGCCCAAUCCUAUUUCUCUGCCAGCCAAUGGAAAUUACAGUCUGACAGAAACUAGAGAACCAGGGAUGGAUAUCCUUAAUGUGAUUUACAUAGUAAUCUUGGUAAGAAAAAAACCACAAGUGCAUCCGCUCCUUUCUUACGCAAGAUACCACCAAGGAGCUUGUCCAUGCUCUAGUAAUUUCCCGCAUGCAUUAUUGUAACCCUCUCUGUAUUGCCAGCCUGGGAUUUUGAUCCCUUCCUCAAUAAGGGCACUACAUCUACUUUACAUCAGACUUGUGGCUUGAUUUGAAAUGAAUACAGAAACAUAGAAAACAAUGGUUGUGCUAUUACCACCUUUAUUACAUAACCCAUCUUUAUUUACAUAACUUUAUUUUACUUUGCAAGUGCUUUUUCCUCUGUCAGCUGUAGAACUUUUGUAAUGGUUAUUGGGAUAUCUACAGCCAUUGGUUCUUCCCUACUGAAGAAAAAAAAUAAUUAAAGGGGCACUGGCACUGCCCUCUCCCAGCAAAAUGGGUAUUUCAUAAAGAUAAAAUACUGACUGUGGUGGAAUUUCACUGAAAUUCACUUACGAUCAAUUUCAGUAUUCAAAAGUACAACACUAAAGUUUUAUUUUUACAACCUCUGUAUGUAUUUUCUAUAUGAUACAUUUGUUUUGUUUCUAAGUGAUAUACAUGAUAUAGACUGAUGAAUGUGUAUAAGAGGCUUAAAAAGAGAUUUUAGAAAUGUACAUACAUAUUUAGCUGAAUAUUAAUAUUCUGUAUAUCUGCACUUUCCAUUAGGUAUGACGAUCUAGAGGACGAAUGUGAGGAGAAAUUUGGGAAAACAGGAAUCCCUGAAAACAUUGCCCAACUUAUGAAGACACUGUCCUCCUUUCGUAAAUUGGACUUCUUCACCAUACCAUUUAUCAAGGUAAAAGUAAACUUACAAGAAUAGUUAAUCUGAGAAAAAUAAAAAUAGGCCAGAGUCAUCAUUAUGUUUAUAUUUGAAAAGCUAAAAUAUUCUUCUGAGCUGUAUGAUCUGAGGGAUUUCAUCCAACGCCAUGUUUGUGCUCAUACUUUUCCAGGGAAAACUGUGUCUGCUGACUGUGUCUCUCCCAGUCUUUACCCUUUACAAACCAGCAGCACAGAAGGCACUUGAAUUUUUUCUUGGCAACAUACUUCAACAACCCGUCGGCGACAUUAGACGCUGGUAUGCAUACAGAAAAAUUCCACCAGUUGCAUUAUCAUAA